GCAAAUGGUUGUCUAUGCAUUGUAUGGUAUGCCAACGCGAUGUCUCCGAUUCGAGUGCCAAAGCGAGAAGAACGGCUACGAUGUCAUAUGCUCUUGCUUGGGAACGAUGUGGCACGCAGACGCCAUGAAGGCGCUAGCCGGCUCCAACAGGAUGCCCCUGCUGCAGAUGGGUCAGCUCGAGCUGUGCCUGCUCCGUGCCGACGAGUUUCUCCAAGAAGCGGAGCCGAACUUUGCAAGGUACUACGCCGUCCUGAAGACCGAGCUGCGACUGCUCCUUUUGCGGAUUGUGCUGGUUGGUUGCUGUGUGAACUGUUCGAAAUUGGAGAUUCAGUCCACGAUGUUUGCUCUGAGUCGGGCUGGGAAACGAACUGGCAUACAGAGAGCAGAUGCAGAAGAACUGUUGAGCCUUGCCGUGGCGCAUUUCACUUCUCUGUUUGCCCUGCAUGUGGCCCUGGCGAGUGUUUUGGACCUGACGGCAGGAAUCAAGAAAGCCAGAAGGUUGCAAGAGGAGAAACAGGAGAAGCAGACAGCUACCAUGGUAGCCGAGAUACGCUGGCUCCUUCGAUUUGUCUACGGCUGCGUUGCCAUUUGUGUCGUUACACAAUGCCAUUGUGUAGCCAAGCUUAUUGCUGCAUUUGUUUGCGAGGACUCAGUUUGGGAUUUUCCCAUGCACUGCGUCGACCUUCACUCUACUGCUCCAAAGUUGUGA